AUAGUCACAGCGGACCCACCCCUGCUUCACACAACUGGAAAAAAAAAUGGCGUCGGCGAUACUGCGGCUCUCACGGCAUUUUGCCACCAAAAACACUGGCAUAAUGAGCCGCGGCAGCGGGUCGACAGCCUCAGCCGUGUGCAGGGCAGCUCCUCGGCGGACCGCAGUGUCCACGGCGUCUGGAGCCAUCCUACCCAAACCGGACAAGACUUCCUUCGGUCUUAUCCGCAUGACAAUAGUGGUGGUGCCUUUCCUGUAUGUGGGAACUCUGAUCAGCAAAAACUUUGCUGCUCUCUUGGAGGAACAUGACAUCUUUGUCCCCGAAGAUGAUGACGAUGACGACUGAGCUAACAUCAGUUUUAAAAAAAAAAGAGAGAAAAAAAAGGGUGCUUUGCAAUAAGGACUGAAAGCAUAUCAGCUGGUGUGAGGAAGACGGGAAAAAGCACUGUGACUUCCACAACCAUACCUCAGUCUUCUUCCACCUGUGUCUGCACUCUGUCUUCUCCUUUUCCAGCUUGUUCCCACUAAAGUAUUUAAUAUCAUAUUCAUGUGAGGCUAUCAAGGCUACCAGUCAUGCCUUCACUCGUUUGCAUGUUUGUGUCUUACAACUCAAUAAAUUAAGUCGAUACAGAUGGAGAAA